AUGCAUCACUGGCAUAAGACUGGCUGUAAACGGCCAGAUGUCGUGAUCAUAGACGAUACAGCCAGAUGUAACUCUUGUUUAUCUCGCUGGUCACACGAGGAGCCAGUUGAAGUGACUUCCACGUUGACUGUUCCUCACAUCGAAUCUGUGUCUCAUUUGAAUCUUUCUUGGCCGGAAAAUGUGAAAUAUACCCAUUCCAAUACUUCCUACGAUAACAUAUUCAUCCCGUAUUUACCAGGAUCUAAACCUCCCCAUGAUCCGCAGUUGGUACCUUCGGUAGCAAGUACCAACAGCCUCGAUACCUACCCCGAUGCUACUGAAGGAUAUAUCAGGUUGUUAUGGUUGCACCCCGGUCAGAGUGACGAUCCUGUUCGAGGAGAUUUAAUGGAAUUACCAUUCAAGAACUUGGAUGCUCCGCCCUACCAAACUUUGUCUUAUUCACCAUUCGACGACCCUACUUCCAUUUCCGAAGACUCUUCCGACGAAAAGCUUUCAGAACAGAUUCCUCAAUAUUCAAAAGAGGUACCUACAAACAUACUUCAUAAACCUCAACCAAGGAAUCGCCCGGUAUAUAUUGACCGCAGUUGCGAUGUUAUAUAUGUCACGAAAAACUGCGAAGCUGGUCUCAAAGCUGUCAGACAUCUAAGCGAUGCACUACCAGUUUGGGUAGACUUAAUCUCCAUAGACCAGAAUAACAACGAUGAUAGGUCACGAUGGGUUGCAUUGAUCAAGUGUGUCUUUGCGAACGCUUUACAGUCGAUGAUCUUUAUUGGAGCUCCUUCUAGAGAUAGCGACAUUGCUCUAGAUUUACUGAGCUUGAUACAACUAAAGGGACCGUCAGUACUUAUUCGGGUGGCUGCUACGAAGGAGGAAUCGAAGAGUGCACUAAGAUCUCUCUUCAACCGGCCAUGUUUUUCCGGUCUAUGGCUUGUCCAACAGCUCAUUUAUGCCAAACGCCCACAUAUACUCUGCGGAGACCGUUCGGUAGCGUGGCCAUAUUGGUCCUCUAUGCCGAACGGCAUACGACGCUGCGCUUCACUUCUAUUAUUCAAUAGAGAGGCAUGGACAAGGUUGGUAGACAAAAGUUAUUAUAACAUCUUACGCCACGCCUUAACUCAUGAAUGUCUCGACCCCCGAGACAAAAUCUAUGCAAUACUUGGACUUCUAGGUGAGACUGGAAUUAGCGUCGAUUACAGCCUCCCUGUUGAGGUUGUUUAUACCGGAAUAACUGCAUAUCUAUUGCAGAACCACCGUAGCUUCCGAUUAUUUGACCUACUUGGAGCCAAUGAACAGCGAAUAAACCUACCUUCUUGGGUUCCCGACUACUCCCAGCGUCUACAGGUAGACAAUUCAUUCGACAUAACUACAUUAGUCAACGAUACUGACGACCAAAUUGAAAUCGGAGAAUCGAAUAUAGUACGGAUUUUAUACCCUUUUGAGUUUCGUAACCCAGAAGAGUUGCCGGUAGGGCUUGAUCAAGAAGUAGAGAUUGAUUCAGACGGGUCGCUGAGUAUUUUUGCGGUCAAAUUGUGUGAUAUUUCACCUAUGGAUAGUGUGACUAAAAACCCCCAAACUGGUCAGCACUUUAUAGUCAUCGAUAAGGGACGCCAUGGCCAUAUACUGAUUUCGCUGAAGAAAAAGGAAUACAAAAUAGAGGAUGAUUCAAUAUUUCUUUUGAACGAGUUGCUUCACCCGGUUGUUUUGAGACGUGACCCAAGGAAGGGAACGUACUCAUUUUUGUCUUUCGUCAGUAUGGCUAUUGUCUAUCCAAAUGAUGAUAAUGUGACGUGGCGGCUUCCAUGUGGUCAAGAGCAUGGGAUGAUCUGGCCAUUUGAUGUGCCUCUACGCGUCUCUCAAACCACCACCCAAAAGAUUCAAGAAUUUUAUUCAAGUCUACUGGAGGUGUGCGAGGUUGAUCCCACACAGAUUCCGAUAGCUCCGGACGUUGAUUUAGUUGCCGCUAAGAGAAAGGCUAUUGUUGACUUCGGGAUUCUUCGCUUGACGGGCUUCGAUACACUAGAGGAAAAACUAAAAUCUACUUGGCAGAGCUACAAAGAGAAACUAGGCUGGAUGCUUCGUGAUCAAGCUGCUAUCUGGAAAUUCAUCCGGCAUACGGAACAGGAACACCAAAAGGACUGGUCAGGCGUGGGAUCGAUGGUUGUCAAAGAAAGGGUAGGCCUGCCUGAUAACUAUGCUACAGAUAUUAAGACAGAAUAUACCUGGAACCUUCGCCAAUUUUUCUGGUCCUUCCUCAAACCUACAGCCCUGGCUCCAGACGUACUGGAGAGUGUUUGGAACCCGGCCUACGAAGCACUCAGGGCUCAUACCUCCGAUUUUCAAGCAUGGGCAGAAGUAACCGAGAAACUCAUGAAUGCAAUUGCAUUUUCACAGACAGCCCUUGGAAGCAGCAUGAAGUUCUUUCCAGGUAUAGAUCUCCCGGAGAAGUGGUCUUCAAAUUGGAAAAGUUUUUCCAUGGCAAGAGAAGGGGGUAUAUUCCAUGAUGGGGAGGCGUUUGGCUCAGAAUGUUACUGGAAUUGGUCGGAGUUUGAGCAGUGCCUUGACCUGAGAAACACGGUCUUGGCUCAGGCCCUUCCUGAGGAGUUACGGCCCAACGAAAACCAUGAAAUGCAAGCACAUAUGUCAUUCCGAGUCUGGGGAUUGAAUCUGGAUGAAAGGACGAGGAUUAGGAUUGUAUAG